ACACUAAAUGCCUGAACUCGGAGAGUCGACUCUUUAGGGAGUCGGAUCCCAGCCCCUAGCCGAGCGCUCUGGUUGUUGUUCAGUGAAUUAGCGUCGUACAGUGACAGCAGCCUCUCGGGUGAAUACAGAGCAUACAGAAGAAGAUGAAUCGUGUUGCAGUGGUCUGGGUGUGUCUGGCUUUGGUGGCGUGUGCAGUGGCCAGAAGAGGAGGCGGUGGCUUUAAAGGGGGUUUCGGCUGGGGCAAGGGCAGCAACACGGGCAGUAAAGGGACUAGCAACACGGGCAGUAAAGGGACCAGCACGGGAAACAGAGGAGGCAGUAACACCAGACAUUCUUCUGGAGGAACACACUCCCAACCAGCCAAUUAUCCUCGCCAGCCUCAUGUACCUAACCAAAACCCUCCACCAUAUCCUGGCACUGGUGGAGGACAUGCAGGCUCUUAUCCAGGCAGAGGGGGUGCUGGAGGCUACCCCAAUCAAGGGGGGUAUCCUAAUCAAGGAGGCUAUCCUAAUCAAGGAGGCUAUCCAAAUCAAGGGGGAUAUCCUAAUCAGGGAGGCUAUCCAGGUCAAGGACGAUAUCCAGGUCAAGGAUCAUACCCAGGGGCUGGGUCAUAUCCAGGUCAUGGGUCAUAUCCAGGUGCAGGUUCCUAUCCCAACAGCUACCCAGGAAGGAGUGGCGGGUACCCUUAUCCUCAAGGUGGAUCUUACCCUGGGUACCCAGUCCGAGGAGCAUCUUAUCCUGGUUCCAGUCCCAACCAGUAUGGUGGUGCAGGAGGAUAUCCUGGAGCAGCACAAUACCCCUACUGGAACCCCAACAAUAAAAUCAUCAGCCCUCGUUAUGGUGGUAACUAUGGAUAUGGUGGUUAUGGAUCAUACGGAGCAGGAGGUUCUCCUUUCGCCCAGUCUGUGCACAGUAUGGGCAUGAAGCCCUCUAUCCAGUCAAAGGGGUUCGGUAAGCAGGCGAUAUUGGCUGCUGGAGUUGGAGCUAUGGCUGGCAUGGCAGUAGGUUAUGGCCUGGGCAGUUUUCCACGCCCACACUUCAUGUUUCACAGCCCACAAGAAGAAUAUUAUUAUAACCACUACAUGUACCGCCGCUAUGGUACAAGACCUUCUGACAGUAACACAAACCCCAGCUCUCCAGGUGCAGAGCCAGGUGACACUGGAUCAAGUUCAACUAAUAAUGUUCACAAGAUCUUUGAAAAUCCUCCACCGCAGUCAUAUGACAAGUACAUGGACAGUUGUAUGAAGAGGACAGAUUUGUUGCGAGAGGACCAGGGAAGAAAUAAGAGAGCUGUUGAAGGCUCCUGGCCCCAGGAGGCAGGGGAUAUUGAAAAGGUUCUCACUGAAAAGGAUCCAAAUGAGCGACUAGGUGAGAAACCAGUUGAGGAACCAGAGUCUCAAGGAUCAGACCUCAUUACGAGACAUGAGCACGCUGGGGAAGGAAAUAAAACCAGCAACGCCACGGAUAACCCUCUGCCAUUUGCUGCAAAGCUUACUGGUGCUACAGAGCCACCUACUGAGCCUCAGGAGAAGAAGAGUGAUGAGAUGAAUGAGGAAGAUGAUGAUACUGUAAGCAUAUUGGAGAUCGGCUAUCCUGCACUGAUUGAGCAGCUGAAAGCGCGACGCUGUGUUGAGCUUUACAUGGUUUAUGCUGAGCAACAUGCUGAGACACAGGCUCAAGUGCACAUUGAUGAUAAUGGUGGUGAACAGCUCAUGCCACUUAGCCAUGGGCUCAUGCUCAUCUGUCUGCUUAUGUGCUCCCUGUUAUUCUACUGAACCUACUGAGCUUUUAUGAAACCUUGUACACCCUCUUUUGUCAUGGCAAGACAUAUCAACUGAACUACAAGAGCAAAAAUUUAAUGUCCAACAUACACACCGUGAGUUGAGAAUAUAAUAAUGACCUGGUGAUAUACAGUCUUAGUCUUGGCUAAUCAUAAAAAAGCAAGGAAUCCAUAUUUAAGAAUAAGUAAUAAUUUCUGCCUCAAACAUUAUCGUUGUUAUAAAUUAUAUUGAUUAAGAAAAACCCAGAAGCUACUGGAGUUACUGAAGCUAAAACAGGAUUGCAUUUGUCUACAUGGGUCAUUCAAAGACACUCGAUAUUGUCGUUACACUGAAUGAAGAUAAAUCUGUCUUGUUAUCAUGAUCUCACUGCAUGAGUAUGUACACUACUGCACCCUCACUCCUCAACGUGUUGCAUCAUUUCUGCAAACAAAAAUAUACAUAACUUUUUAUUUAUUUCCUGCUGAUUUAUAGAUAUCACAUCCACAGCCUGGACGCAUGCUGCUUUUCAGUGUUUUCAUAUCUUUAGGUCAGUAAUGGUACUGCUUGUAGCGCUAUAGAAAUUACAAUGGGCCUCAUUUAUCAACCCUAAAUUGCACUCAUGAGUGUGUGUAAAUUUACACAAGUCUAACUAAUAUAAACAACGAUGGAGCAACUGAUAUAAUUUCCAUGGAUUGCUGCACUUGUAUAUAUGGAUUAUACUGUCAAGUUUACAUAGCUUAGUGUAUUGCAUAUGAACAAAUGAACGUCACGCCUAUAAGAGAGGAUAUGUAAAGAGCGGAAUGUUUUUUUUUUUGGGAGGCUAAAUGUUGGCUUAUAAAUCGGUUCCGCUUUGCCACAGCAUCUUCUUUUAACACUGUGCAACACUCCAGCACGUCAGCUGAGACACUUAAACCAAUUUAAAAAUAGCAGUUUCCCUGUGUGGCAUGCUUGGUGUGCAUGAUUACUUGGGUACAGUGUAGAUCUUUUUUUUUUUUUUCCUCAACAUUUUCUUUUGACACCUUUUUCUCGUCACUUCACUUAAUUCAGACCUAAUUCACUAUUUCUGUAAUUAAAAGCGCUAUACAAAUAAAAUUGAAUUGAAUUGACGUGAGGCAAAAUAGCUUCCAAUUCUGCUUCUCUGCCUUUUCUUAACCAUUUAAUAGUCAUUUUGUGAUUUCAGCCCUCUGUGCGCUUGACAUUUUUAUAGAGUUAUGGUCGUAAAUGAGCUGUGUGGGGAAGGAUCUUUGCACUUUACUGGUGCUCAACAUACAUAUUGGAGUAUGAAGAAAAUCAGCUUUUCCGAAACUUUUGUAAAUCGGGCAGAAUAAUUUAGUUGGAUUUGGCUUACAUAAACAUUUACACACAGCUUUACUAAAAGAUUGAUAAAUGAGGCUCAGUGUCUUUUAUGUAGUGUACUUGUGGAUUUGUGUUUAGUGGAUUUACUAUUUACUUUGUAAAUAGCUCAGUGAUGGCAUCUAUGACUCAGUACACAAAAGUAGUCUGUGAAGACGAUAUAAAUGAUAAAACUUUAAUGAUUCAGUAGGCUAUAUGAAUGUACAUUUAGUUCACUGCACUGUUUUUAAGGUUUUUAUAAAAUCUCGAGACUGAAAAAUUAUUUUUUGAAGUGUUUAGUUUUAGAUGUGCUUUAAUGUGUGACUUAUUUAUGUUUGUAGUAAGACUUGAGUUGACUUUUUUUUUUUUUUUAAAGUUAGUCGCAAUUCAAAUUUAAGAGUUUAGACACAAACUCUGACUAUUCCUUAUAAGUGAACUUAUUUACACUACAAGAUUCCCAGUUCAGCUUAUAUACAUAUAUAACACCAUGUGUGCUUGGUAAAUGGUUUUGUGAUGAUUGCUUUUUGAUGCAUUGUAACAGAUACAGACUAAGAUGGAGAUGUGGAUGUGCUUUGGUGUGCUUAUCCAUUUCUGAGGACUGCGCUGACAUAAUUAAUGUACCCUGUACUCAUGGUUUUGUAAUACGUUUAACUCAUAACUGUCAAUAUUUCUCUGUCCAUGCUUAAUCUUAAAUUAAAUGCUGUGUUUCACUGUC